CCUCAUCCUUCUAAACACUACGGCGGCCGUGCACUGCUUGGCCGAUAUUAAUGGAGGCUCUUUCCUUAUGCUUUUCUAUUCCCCCACCUUCCCCACACCACUGCAAAACCCUAAUCUCCAAGCCCUACUUCACCCCGCUUCGAUCAUCUCACCCGACCCGGAAUCUCACUUCUCAUUGCUCCAAUUCGCCCCAAACCCACGACUGCAAAAACCCUCACCUGCCCCCCUCUCGCCGACGCUAAUAUCUCAUCCUUCAAUCUCUUAGAUAUCCAUCCGAACCCCCACUUCCUCUCUCUUUUGAUGGGGUUAUCUUUCCCCCUUUCGUGUCUUGCUUCUGAAUCCGAUGUGCCCACUGAAGGGAUUUCCAGUAAGAUCGACUUGGAGGCAAUUCUGGUCUCCAUUGAUAAUUUCUUGAAUAGAUACCCCUUUUUCCUUUUCGGGGUUGGGUUCAUUUGGCUUGUGGUGAUCCCGCUCACUGAGGAGUACUUGCAGAAGUACAAGUUCAUAUCUGCCAUUAACGCAUUCAAGAAGCUCCGGAAUGACCCGAUUUGUCAGAUGUUGGAUAUUAGGGACAAGAGAGCUUUGGCAUAUUUGGAUUCGCCCAAUUUGAAAAUCUUGAAUAAGAAGGUGUCGCAGGUUCAUUUCGUUGAAGGAAAGGACGAUAUUUUUGUCAAGGAAGUUUUGGAGAACUUUAGGGAGCCAGAAAGCACCACAGUUUGCAUUAUAGAUCAGUAGUUUCGAUGGUAACUCACUCAAGGUGGCUGAAUUGUUGGUGAAAAAUGGUUUCAAAGAAGCCUAUGCAAUCCGUGGUGGGCUGAGAGGCAACAAAGGAUGGCAGGAGAUACAAGAAUCACUUCUCCCUUUAUCUGUUCGUGUCUAUCCCAAAAAGAAAAACAAAGAACAGAAUGAGAGUGGAAUAGAUGCAAACCAGCCAGAGGAAGAAGACACGGAUUCUGGCAUAAAAAGAAGUGAACAGAUUAGCAAUGGAUCUGCUACGAAACCCAGCCAACUCAUCCCACAAACACAAAGUGGCGUGUCUCCAUAUUCAAAUGUAUGAACUCUCUUUGUUAGAAUGUCAUCCCACAUCGGAAGUUCAAGAGCAAAAUAAUCGAUAUAUAAGCUCUUGAGUUGAACUAACUAAUCGAUUGGAUUCAAUCCUUU